UUGAGGCAGAGGAGCCUCUGGAGGGGGCAGGUCCCAGGGAAGCCCCGGACUCCUAGAGGGGAGGCCAGGUGGGGUCCCUGGUGACCAGGACAGACUGUGGUAUUUUUUAACAUAAAGGAGAUAUGCUACGUGACAGACCCCCAGGGUGCUGCGCACUGCCUGGUGGCAGGCGGGCCGUGGUGGGCACUCACGCCCCUGCCACGUGCCCGUCAUGUGCCCGCCCUCAGUGGGAGGGGCUCCGAUGAUGACUUUUAAAAAUGCAGAGAAAGGCUCCAUUCUUCCCAGGACCUCAGCCCAACCCUGGCCCAGGGAGGCAAGAGACAGAGGCCAGGAGGGGGCCAGAGGUGUUGAAAUGUCCUGGGAACCUGAGCAGCCACCAGGGAAGAGGCAGGGAGGGAGCUGAGGACCGGGCUUGUCCACACUGGUUGUGAGAUGCCUUGAGCCCAGAGGGUUGAUGCCAGGAGGUGUCUGGACUGGCUGGGCCAUGCCUGGACUGACCUGUCCAGCCGGGGAGAGGGUGAGUGUGAGGGCAGAUCUGGGGGUGCCCAGAUGGACAGAGGCAGGCAUGGGGGAUCCCCAAGGCCCCCUGGCAGCACCAUGAGCUAAGCAGGACACCUGGAGGGGGAGACCUGUGGGGACCUGGGGGCCUCCAGUGACCCCUUCCUGCUUCCUGAACAGGACUAUGCCUGUGCAGGGAUCCCAGAGAAGACUCCUGGGCUCCCUCAACUCCACCCCUACAGCCACCCCCCACCUGGGGCUGGCUGCCAACCAGACAGGAGCCCGGUGCCUGGAGGUGUCCAUCCCUGACGGGCUCUUCCUCAGCUUGGGGCUGGUGAGCUUGGUGGAGAACGUGCUGGUGGUGACCGCCAUUGCCAAGAACCGGAACCUCCACUCACCCAUGUACUGCUUCAUCUGCUGCCUGGCCCUGUCAGACCUGCUGGUGAGCGGGAGCAACAUGCUGGAGACGGCCGUCAUCCUCCUGCUGGAGGCCGGUGCACUGGCAGCCCGGGCUGCCGUGGUGCAGCAGCUGGACAAUGUCAUUGACGUGAUCACCUGCAGCUCCAUGCUGUCCAGCCUCUGCUUCCUGGGCGCCAUUGCCGUGGACCGCUACAUUUCCAUCUUCUACGCACUGCGCUACCACAGCAUUGUGACGUUGCCGCGGGCACGGCGAGCCGUCGCAGCCAUCUGGGUGGCCAGUGUCCUCUUCAGCAUGCUUUUCAUUGCCUACUACGACCACGCGGCCGUCCUGCUGUGCCUUGUGGUCUUCUUCCUGGCCAUGCUGGUACUCAUGGCUGUGCUGUACGUCCACAUGCUGGCCCGGGCCUGCCAGCAUGCCCAGGGCAUUGCCCGGCUCCACAAGAGGCAGCGCCCAGCCCACCAGGGCUUUGGCCUCAAAGGCGCUGCCACCCUCACCAUCCUGCUGGGUAUUUUCUUCCUCUGCUGGGGCCCCUUCUUCCUGCAUCUCACACUCAUUGUCCUCUGCCCCCAGCACCCCACCUGCAGCUGCAUCUUCAAGAACUUCAACCUCUUUCUCGCCCUCAUCAUCUGCAAUGCCAUCAUUGACCCCCUCAUCUAUGCCUUCCGCAGCCAGGAGCUCCGCAGGACGCUCAAGGAGGUGCUGCUGUGCUCCUGUCUCAGGACCUGUGCCCUCGUCAGCUGGGAUGUGGAGGCUCUGGGUGGAAGAAUGUGCCAAGAGCUACUCCCACAACAGCCCCAGGAGAAGCGACUUUGUGACCAGAAAGCUUCAGCUACAGUCAUGCAAAGGCUUCUGCAAAAGGAGUUCUGGGAAGUCAUCAGCGAUGAGCAUGGCAUCGACCCCAGCGGCAACUACGUGGGCGACUCGGACUUGCAGCUGGAGCGGAUCAGCGUCUAUUACAACGAGGCCUCCUCUCACAAGUACGUGCCUCGGGCCAUUCUGGUUGACCUGGAACCUGGAACCAUGGACAGUGUCCGCUCAGGGGCCUUUGGACAUCUUUUCAGGCCUGACAAUUUCAUCUUUGGUCAGAGUGGGGCUGGCAACAACUGGGCCAAGGGUCACUACACGGAGGGUGCGGAGCUAGUGGACUCGGUCCUGGAUGUCGUGCGGAAGGAGUGUGAAAACUGCGACUGCCUGCAGGGCUUCCAGCUGACCCACUCGCUGGGGGGUGGCACGGGCUCCGGCAUGGGCACACUGCUCAUCAGCAAGGUGCGUGAGGAGUAUCCGGACCGCAUCAUGAACACCUUCAGCGUCGUGCCCUCGCCCAAGGUGUCAGACACAGUGGUGGAGCCCUACAAUGCCACGCUGUCCAUCCACCAGCUGGUGGAGAAUACGGAUGAGACCUACUGCAUCGACAACGAGGCGCUCUACGACAUCUGCUUCCGCACCCUCAAGCUGGCCACACCCACCUACGGGGACCUCAACCACCUGGUGUCAGCCACCAUGAGCGGGGUCACCACCUCCUUGCGCUUCCCUGGCCAGCUCAAUGCUGACCUGCGCAAGCUGGCCGUCAACAUGGUGCCCUUCCCCCGUCUGCACUUCUUCAUGCCCGGCUUCGCCCCCCUCACAGCCCGGGGCAGCCAGCAGUACCGGGCCCUGACCGUGCCCGAGCUCACCCAGCAGAUGUUUGAUGCCAAGAACAUGAUGGCUGCCUGCGACCCGCGCCACGGCCGCUACCUGACGGUGGCCACUGUGUUCCGGGGCCGCAUGUCCAUGAAGGAGGUGGACGAGCAGAUGCUGGCCAUCCAGAGCAAGAACAGCAGCUACUUCGUGGAGUGGAUCCCCAACAACGUGAAGGUGGCCGUGUGUGACAUCCCGCCCCGUGGCCUCAAGAUGUCCUCCACCUUCAUCGGGAACAGCACGGCUAUCCAGGAGCUGUUCAAGCGCAUCUCCGAGCAGUUCACGGCCAUGUUCCGGCGCAAGGCCUUCCUGCACUGGUACACGGGCGAGGGCAUGGACGAGAUGGAGUUCACCGAGGCCGAGAGCAACAUGAAUGACCUGGUGUCCGAGUACCAGCAGUACCAGGACGCCACGGCCGAGGAGGAGGGCGAGAUGUACGAAGACGACGAGGAGGAGUCGGAGGCCCAGGGCCCCAAGUGAAGCUGCUUGCAGCUGGAGUGAGGGGCAGGUGGCGGCCGGGGCCAAGGUCAGCAGUGUCUGACCCCCAGAGCCAUCUGGCUGCCGACACUGUACCCUGCUUUCCCCCUUGCCCUAGGGCUCCCUUGCCACCCUCCUGCAGUAUUUACGGCCUCGUCCUCCCCACCUGGGCCAUGUGUGUGCUGCUCCUGUCUGUCUGAUUGCAGCUCCAGGCCUGACGUUUUAUGGUUUUGUUUUUUACUGGUUUGUGUUUAUAUUUUCGGGGAUACUUAAUAAAUCUAUUGCUGUCAGAUACCCUU